AUGACAAGUUCAAGUCCACCUCCCCCGGGGAAAGGGCUCACGUGCAGCGCCUGCGGCAAACCUGAGUGCCCGCAGAAUAUUCUGAACGAAUGUCGUUGUGAGCAGGAUUGUGACUGCUCCAGAGGUUGCCACAAAGCAGACUGGGAGAAAUAUUUGGAAGUUUGUCUUCCCACAUCUCAAUCGCAAUCGCCAGCCAGUGCCACAACAGAUAGCACACCACCACCAUCAUCAGCAUUACAAGCCAAACCAGCAGUAACAGCAACAGUGGCUGGAAGAAUGUUGGAAGCACCAGCAAAACCUUCAACUGCUCCGUGUGAUAUAAACCAUCUUGUCUCAACCCUUGACGUCGAUAUGAAGACCCCCUUUUCUCGACUUGCUGCAAAAAUAUGGCUACAGGGGCGGACACAGAAGGAUGUCUUCACGCUUCUGAUUGACACAAUCCAUUUGAGGGCAAUGGAAGACAAGCAACUGGCUGUACAAACCAUCGAGGAUGUUAUAACGGCCAGCAGAAUUCAUGCUGACAGAAUGGUGAUCGUUCGAUUCUUGACAAAGGCUGAGAGUAAAAAUCUUCUGCCGAUUUGGUGGUCCUCCAGCAAGCAAGAUGAAUGUGUCCGGUUCUCUUUCGCGCUGGAACAUGACAGGGCUUUUCCAGAACCUUCGGCUCAAAGGCAUCACGAAGCCAAGAAACGCGCUGAAGUGGCCUCCUCGUUACUUCUCCAAAUGCGCAUAUUUGCUGAGCAGGUCUAUGGACCCAUUCCGGGGAAGCCGAGCGUGAUGCUCGAGUUAGGACGAUCUAUGCUGAAGGAACGCGAUGAGCUGCUCAGAGACAUGCUGGCUCCUUGA